GCUCAGGAGCGAGUCUCCCCCAGCACUGGUCCUCCAGGCUGGAGGGGAUGUCCAGCCAGUGAGACAGUGUCAGACCACAGGCUGAGCUCCUGGGAGCUGACGGGGCUCCGCUCACCCUGCCCCGAGUGUCCUCCCCCAGACACUUCAGGAUCUCUUCUGGGAGCCGAACACUGGCAGAGAGGUGGGCUCCAGCAAGACCAAAGGGCCGUGCUAGAGCUCUCCCACCCUUCAGUCAACUUUACCUGUUCCUCUCCCUACCUGUGCAGGCUCAGCAAAAAGAGAGGCUUGCGCUCAGCUCUCAAGACUUCUCACCCCUCCUGGUGAGCAGAAAUGGGGGAGUGGAGUUUCCUGGGAGACUUCCUUGAGAAGGUCCACAAGCACUCCACAGUGGUGGGGAAAGUCUGGCUGACCGUGCUCUUCAUCUUCCGGAUGCUGGUGCUGGGGACAGCCGCGGAGUCCUCCUGGGGGGACGAGCAGUCGGACUUCAUGUGCGACACCCAGCAGCCCGGCUGCGAGAACGUCUGCUACGACAAGGCCUUCCCCAUCUCCCACGUCCGCUUUUGGGUCCUCCAGAUCAUCUUCGUCUCCACCCCGUCCCUGGUGUACAUGGGCCAUGCCAUGCACACGGUGCGCAUGGAGGAGAAGAGGAAGAUGAAGGAGGCAGAAAUAGAGGCCCGAGAGAACAAAAACGGUGGUGACACAUACUACCAGCAGAAGUGCUCCGUGGCAGAGAAAGAGACUAAGCUGUCUGGCUGGGAUGAAGCAGGAGGCCAAAUCAUACUCAGGGGCAGCCUGCUGAACACUUACGUCUACAGCAUUUUGAUUCGAACUGCCAUGGAAGUGGCCUUCAUCGUGGGGCAGUACGUCCUCUACGGGAUCUUCCUGGAGACCCUGUACAUCUGCCAGCGGGCACCGUGCCCCCACCCCGUCAACUGCUACGUGUCCCGCCCCACCGAGAAGAACGUGUUCAUCGUCUUCAUGCUGGCCGUGGCAGUGCUCUCCCUCUUCCUCAGCCUGGCCGAGUUGUACCACUUGGGCUGGAAGAAAGCCAAAGAGAGGUGCUCCCGGUCCUACAAAGCCAGCCCCAGCACAGCGCCCGGCAGGCUGGAGUCUGCCCCACAGGCAGAGAGGGCACAGAUGUACACCCCGCCGCCGGAUUUUAACCAGUGCUUGUCCAGUCCCAACGGGAAGUUCAUCAGCCCCUUCAGCAACAAGAUGGCCUCCCAGCAGAACACCGCCAACUUCGCCACCGAGAGGGUCCACGGCCAGGAGGAUGCUGCUGGGGAAGGGCCCUUCAUUAAGUCCAGCUACGUGGAGAGUCCAGAGGCGGCCAGUGAAUGUGCAGCACCUGCCUUCCCCGAGAACUACUUCAACGAGAAACGCCGGUUCAGCAAGGCCAGCCGUGCCAGCAGCAAGGCUAGGUCGGAUGAUUUGUCUGUGUGACCUGUCUCCAGCAGGGAUGAGGAGAAGGAGCUGUCCCAGUGCUCAGUAAAACUUUGGCAAAGUGGACUCCAAACUCUCACCCCUAACCUCCCUGUCUUAAUAUCCUCUCUCUAUCCUUUCCAAACAGCACCUCUAACAGCUCAAGGCAGGGGCAGCCACAGGCACUGAAGAGAGACACCAAUCUCGGGAUAUGAAGCCCUCAGCUGUAUUUUCACCAUGGAACCCACAGGGAUUAGAGACUCCCCACCCUUAGCCUGGUAGAGCACAGGCCAGCAGACUCCUGCCCAGUGGGUAUCCACUGUGACUCUGUAUUCAACAGACUGACUGGACCUCUAAAUCUUCUGUGUUCUCUAUUCAACGUUUGCAACAUCAGCUUGGCGGCUGUACUGAGCAGAAGCUUCUCUCAUCUGCAGAAACAUACCAGUCAGCUUUCUGAAAGAAAGAUUUUCUCAUCUCCUUCAUUUUGGCUCUUUAUAAUCCUCCCUUUCUCUAUCUGAGCCCAGAUAUUUUAUACCAGGUUACCUACACAAUAAAUCCUACUUGAAUUUUUUGACACUGUGUGUAGAACAACUCUUCCCCGUAAAUAAGGACAUCUGUGGUCUCCAGUGCACAGCUGCCUCAUGUCUAACAUUGGAAUCCCUUCCUCAUUCCUAAGUCAGCGGCAGCAGACUGGCCCCAGGGAAAUCACUUAGAUGACCAUUUGAUGAAGACUGGGAAAAUUUCCCAAUAUACUUAUGUCAUUAAUCCUAAGCAAGACAUCCAUUAACAGAAAUAGAGACUCUGCAGUGAGAACAGAUAUCUCACGGGUAUCAUGUAGAAAAAAAGUGGUUUUCCCCUUUUUGAAACCCAUCUUUCAAGCAACCUGAAUUAUGCUGAAAGGGUGCUACCAGCUGCCCACUUGAGAGAAAAGCAUCCUCUGUUUAUCUGCAGAAGAGGUACGGCCUGUGUCUUCUCACCAACCUACCAAAAUGCUUCAGCAUCCUCCGCAAGCAGAAAGAGCCCUGCUCAGGUCCUGCACAUCAUUCAGCUCCUGCCUGCUCUCUCAAGCUUGCCAGCCAGCACAGGUCAAGUUAUUUGUCCCCACAGCAAGUCUCUGCUCUGCCACCAGGCCAUCCUCUCCACUCCAUACCUGGCACACAUGGUGCCAGAAAUCACCCAUGGACCAGGUCUUUCCACCACUGUAACCUCUCAGAGCAACCACUGUGGCCCGAGGCUGCACUGUGAGUCUGGCGGGUGAGGUCUGCAGGCAGCUCCCACUCAAGAUACAUUUUCUCAGUGCAGAGCUGACAUCCCUCUGGGAAAGAUCUGCUAAACAGAGCCACACUGCUCCCUGUUGUUUACCCUGCACUGCUCUUCCAGACACAGGCCACAGCUUCCCAACACUGGACUGCACAAGCGAAUGGCCUGGGACCAGCUGAUGAGGGGACUGAGCCAUUCCCUCUCUUAGGGCCACUGAAAGUGAAUCCCUGCUCCUGAUACACAGCUUUGGUACAGCUCCCUGUGCAUUUAAAUACACAUUCACACUCAGACAGGGGAAACCGUGUUUUUGUUUGUAAGUUUUUAUAUAUUUGUAUUUUUUAAUCCUGAAAAGACCUGUGUGUUUUCCUUAACAUGAGAUUUUAGUCAGUCGUAUCUAGGUUUCUCCUAAUAAAG